AUGGCAUAUCGACCCGCAGGACUACGAAAACGUGGGCGCAGCUACGCGGAUGGCAGUGAGACCUCUCGCUCUCCGACUCGGAGGCGUCUGACCUCUAAACCCAUGGAAUCCCCGGGAUCCUCAGAAUCCUCAGGCCUCGCAAAAUGCGUUCGAUCCCCUCAGUCCCCUCUCCGGUAUCCCAUUCCAGACGACAACACUCUAUCCGAUGGAAGGACUCCUCUUACACCCACUAGUCCUGUAUCUGACGAUAGAGGCCCGGUGUCGGACGAACAAGUCUGCGAGUUUCAUCAAAGGGGAAAUGCAUACCAAGCAUGGAUUGCCGACCCAACUCUAGGCGGAUGCCGAUGUGGGAUAUCAAGAAAGACAUUAUUCGAACUAUUCAACACCGGCAAUAAGAGAGAGAAAUUUACUUGUCCCGAGAACCAUUUUGAUGACCCACCUCUAUAUAUUCAAGAGGACUUGGUACAAUUAGGGCUCCCAAAAAGACACAGAAAGUACCGCUUCACAAGACUGUUACACCACGGUUAUGACGAGGAUGGUCACAAAAGGGAAAGCCAGUAUCAACAUUCCAUCGCAGAAGGCGUUCUAAUUGCUGAAUGUAUUUACAGAUACGCGGGACCUCAUUGGUCCACCGUCGCUAUCGCUCAAUAUAGGUUUGACCAUCCCAUCGAUACUCUCAAAUAUCUUUAUUUUACUAAUGUCCAGAACGACGAGACCUUGCCCUACGUGCAGGAAAUCCUCUACCCGAGACAUGAUGUGGAGUGGCCCCAGUUUGACCGAAUUGAGAGUCAAACAUGGGAGUACGAUACUGAGGAGUAUAAAGAGAUCCUAGGUACAAAGCUAGGGAAGGCGGCGGUGUGCCUUGUGAUAGGGGCUUGGGAGAGAGGUACGCAUCGCAUCGCUAAAAUUCAUACUCUUGGCCGUCAGUACCAGAUACACCUGCGAUUUGAUAUUGAGGCGCUCCCUACGGCGCUAACUGAUUGGUGA